AUGAACUCCGACUCGAAGGAGAAGCUGGACGCCGUCUUCGACACCGAGAAGGACGCUGGCUCGGUAGUAGAGAAGGAGGCAUGCGAUCUGCAGCUCCGCAAUCGCUGGACGCGGAAGCUUCUGAGCUGGGGUGUGGAGGAGAGAGGCAUCCUGCCCGUCCCACUUGAAGAUCGCACCGACACGCAAUACAGCAAAGUCUUCUUCAUAUGGCUGUCGGCAAAUUUCAAUAUCUUAUCGUUCUCCGCCGGCACGCUAGGUCCUCUGCUUUACGGCCUGAGUCUGCGAGAAUCAUGCCUCGUGAUCCUCUUCUUCAACCUGCUAUGCAACAUACCACCGGCUUAUCUAUCAACGUGGGGACCAAAACUUGGGCUGCGCCAGCUGUGCCAAGCACGCUACAGCUUUGGCUACUUCGGGGUCAUCAUUAUGAGUUGCUUUAACAUGGCGACAGGCCUCGGUUACUGUAUUCUCAACUCUAUACUCGGAGGUCAAACGUUGUCCAGCAUCACGAAUGGAAGCCUCUCAUGGAGCGUCGGAAUUGUUAUAAUAGCAGUAGUAUCGCUGCUUAUCUCAUUCGGCGGUUAUAAAUUGCUAGCAUGGUACGAACGGUUAGCGUGGAUACCCGUCUUGGUGUCAUAUGUCGUUGCUCUUGGACUCGGUGGCAAGCACCUCAGCAAUCCUGCUCCUGCAGAGCCUGCGACGGCAUCCACUGUCCUCAGCUUUGCGUCCAUCAUCGCAGGUUUCGUCAUUACCUACGCGCCAAUAUGUUCUGACUACACUAUUUAUUAUACCCCUGACGUUGCGAGUUGGAAGAUUUUUAUCUCCGCCUAUCUCGGAUUCAACGUGCCCGUUGUAAUGCUUUGUUUUGGCGCGGCAGUGGCCGUGGCUUUGCCAUAUGUUCCAGCAUGGAACGAUGGAUACAACAACGGAAACGUCGGCGGCCUCCUCGAGGCGAUGCUGCGCCCUGCAGGCAACUUUGGGAAAUUCCUCACAGUUCUUCUCGCGCUCAGUGUCACCGCCAAUCUUGCGCCGACGUUUUACUCUUUCUGCAUGUCUUUCCAAGUGUUCAUACCUCCUGCAGCUGCUGUGCCGCGAUACAUGUUCUCGCUGCUCGCGGUCGCCAUCGUCAUACCACUGUCUAUUGCCGGCCAACACAAGUUCUAUGACACACUGAGCAAUUUUCUCGGAAUCAUCGGAUACUGGGCGAGCGCCUUCUGCGCCGUUGUGCUGAUUGAGCACUUUGUCAUCCGCCGAAGCGACUUCUCUUCUUAUAACCUCCGGUACUGGGAUGAUUACCGCCGCCUGCCGCCGGGUUUCGCGGCGGUGUGUGCAUGUCUGCUUUCUGUUGGGCUGAUCGUGCCGUCGAUGGACCAAGUCUGGUUCGUUGGGCCGAUCGCGCAGAGGACGGGGGACAUCGGGUUCGAGAUGGCGUUUACGGUGACGGGGUUGUGCUAUGUGCCGCUGCGGUACUUGGAGCUGAGGUUCCGCAAGAUGGUAUGA